CAAUUCUCACAAUUUUCAGUUUAGUUAGCACUUACAGAGGAAUGUUGGUUAGAUGGAGUGGCUUCCCAGAUCAAAUCUAUCAUCAGGAGCAUAACCAAUAGCACCCCUGCUUGUUGAACAGUAGACUUAAAAAAAAGGGGAAAAAAUAUCCCAAAGGAUUGACCGAUGUUCGAUCGAAGUUUAUUAAUUGGAGAAAAUCUCAAGGCUCAAGUUUAUUAACGCGAUGUCAAGCUUCCAAAUAGACUUAAACGAGAGAGGAUUUACAACUGAUUCCAAAAGUUCUUUUCUUCUGGAAUCUAAAGUUGUAAAACUCUAUGAUUACCAUGAUGUUCCAUAUUUUCUUCGCGGGAACCCAUACAUCACUUCAGGGUAUCGAGCAUUUCUGUCCGUCAGAAUGUGCAUGAAAAGCCUCUUUGUGUUGUCCAAUGAAUCCAUCAACAUCUGGUCUCAUUUAGUUGGAUUUUUGUAUUUUUUUUACCUCCUUCUUGUUGACAACUUGGUCAGAAUUCCAGAUCACAAUGGCACUUUCUCUGAUCAUGCCGUACUGACUUCUCUACUCAUCGGUUACAUGAUUUCCAUGUUUUUUUCUGCCUUCUACCAUUUGUUUUGCUGUCACUCUGAGAAAAUGUUUCACCUUUGGCUGUCGCUGGAUCUGGCUGGUAUCUCACUUGGUGUAUGUGCUUGUUACAUUCCUGCAGUGUACUACGCAUUCUACUGUCAUGCAACCUGGAGAGGCUUCUAUCUGGGUGGCGUGAUUUUCCUAACUCUAGUUUCACUGGCACUUCAAUUUCAUCCUUCUUUCCUUACAUCACGCUGGGCUAUCAAAAGGCUUCUUCUGUUCAGUAGCUUGGUUGCAUAUGGUGUGGGUCCUUCACUUCACUGGGUGUUGCUGCUUGGUGGAUGGAGUGACUACACUGUGAGGCUAUUUAUACCAAAGGUGGCUGUGAUGUACUUGCUUGGAGUGUUGGCAUUAGGAUUUUAUGCAUUGAAAAUACCAGAACGUUAUUUCCCAGGUAAACUCAACUACAUAGGAUCUAGUCAUCAAUGGUGGCAUCUAUUUAUUUUAUUAGCUUUUUACUGGUGGCACAGAUCAAAUGUCAUCUACAUGAAGUAUAGACUGAAGUAUCAGUGUUCAACGCAUUAUGAACUUCCAUCUUCUGACGUGCCUUUUGAACUUUAAUAUUCCCAUAUAUUUUUGUAAUUAUAAACAUACUGAAAAAUAAACUAAUAUACUUUCAAUAAAAA